UUCUAACCUAUGAAAAAUACGCAGUUUGAUUUCCUCCUUAGUAUUAUAUCCUAAAAUGCCAURAAAUGUUUCAUCUUUGUGGGCGCAAGUUGAUUCUCAUUCUUUCCAUACUACUCAKCUCUACUAAUGUAGUUUCAUUGAAUGGUGGGGACGCAGUGCCAGUCGCUAAAAAUCAGGCCAGCUACGAAGGCUGCAUUCCAGUGAUGAAAAAGACUACCGACUGUAAGAAGCUGUUCUACUGUGUUCCAGCAAAUGCUUCACAGUUUAGAGUCCCAAUCAUACAACCCAUUAAGUUUUCGUUGAUAGGGGAUUGCAAAGCCUUGUUGAAGGACAGACCGAGCUUACAAAAAUUCAAGAUGAAAGUUUACAUCAAUGGCUUUCCACGGCCGGCCGAAAAAAGCCAAAUAUUCGCUUACAAUAAAGGAAAAACUUAUAGCGGCGAAUGGGGCGGAGGUUUCACAAAUGUAGACAUCAUUAAGACUUUUCAAAACUUUGAAAUUUAYAUAUACCUGCAAUGGGCAGCAGAUGGACCGGUGACUCUUCCUACAUACUCUAUUUAUUUAAAGUGCGAAAUUGAUAAAGGGACAUCAGAUUUCGCAAGAUUUUGUACGUAACCAGAAGGGGGUUUUCAACCCUAUAUGAGGGACAAUGGGGUUAGUAGUUAAUUGACAAUCGGAUAUGCSUACCCCCAUUGGCACUCUCUGUUAUGACCAUGAGUUGACUCAGAAUCCCUUGAGAUCAAUGAAACAGCCACCAUAAUACUGGUUGAUUUAACGAGAGAAGCUAAUAAAUGAGGAAUGCCUUGUUAUCAUCAACCAAGAUGGUGGUUAUGACGUAACAUGCUCUAUACUAGUAUUUAGAAUCGACAUGAAGAAAUACUCGUAGAAAACUCAGCACUUCAUUACACUACACCCAACUGUAAUUACAAGUCAGCCAGCAUGAUGUAUUAAAACAAAACAGGGACAAGUUUUGCACACUUAGCUGCAUGCRCAAAAUUUAAGAUUAUAGAAUUAGGGUUAAAAGCAAAAAUUACUAAUGGCAAUUUAUAAGUUUGUGCCAGCUUGCAUUGGUGCGGUCUCGUUACAGGAGUCAAUUCGUCCCGCCUGGGACCUUCUGCAAUAUAUUCAAAGCUUCAGUCUUUCUAUAGUUUCAAAAUAUUUUUACUACUUGACGAUAUAUAGCUAUCAACAAUGAUCUAUUAUUGCUGSCUAUUAAGAGUAUCCUAUAUUACAGUCACUCUAAUCAUCCAGUAUAGUCAUAACUUUAUUCAUAUAUAUAUUUUUUCCUACUUUUCUAUUUCCAUUGCAAUUGCCAUGUUAACUAAUUGCAAUAACAAAAUCCUUAAACUUAUCUAUAGUCCAACUCAGAAACUGAGUUUGGUCAUAGUUAAGGCGACCUUAUCAAUGUGUUAAAAACAGUUAACGGCUGCUCAGCUCGAUUAGCUUGCUAUACUGAGCAGCUAAUACCUGAAUCUUGGUUAAUUAUACUAUUGUAAAUUAUCUAUCUAUCAACUGUUAUACUAUUGUAAAGCUUAAUUUGAUAUACAUGUAUAUAUGUAAAAAUUGGUAAUAAAGAUACUUGUUGUUA